UAUUGCACCUGAUGCAGAAAUAGGCUAUUUGCUUGAAGUUGAUCUAGAAAUUCCAAUACACUUAUACGACUUCUUUGCAGAUUAUUCUUUAGCGCCAGAAAAGCAAAUUGUACCAGAAAACUGGCUUAGCUUGUAUAAUGAAAGAUUAGUUCGUGAUAAGGCAGUGAUGGAAAAUAUUUGUCUGGAGAGAA